AUGCUGCCGUACAAGACCUGGCUCCUCGAUCGGAAGCCGUGCACGGCCCCUUUCACCCAAAGCUUCUAUAGACUCGCGCGAGGGAACCUGCAGGCGGGAUGGUCACUUGCUCGCUCACCUUCAUUCCCCCCUUUCGCUACAUCUCAGACCAUGAGUGCAGAGAGGGACGAGGACGACGCGACUUUCGACUGCUGUGAGAAUGUCCCCUUCAUUGAAGAUGCGGAGCAUGCUCCACCUCUGCCCUCAUCAUUUCACUUUGCCCCCACACCUCAGCAAGAUUCCAACCCCACAUCCAUCGCGACGUUCUCGUCGCCUGCUCCAAGCCAAGGAGACGAGUUUGAUGAUCUCAUUCACCUGUGGUCCGACUUCAACAUCGCUCAGUCGCCUCUCGAGCAUGGACUUGGCACUGCCCCGCUUCGAAUUGACAGUACUCGCAGGUCGAGCCACGCUCGAACAGUGAGCGCAUCGUUCCCCAGGUGCGUUUCGGUGCCAAUCUUUUCCAGGCCAGGUGAGCUUCUCACGUAUCUUUGUAUUUCCCCUGUAUCGCUUCUGAUCAACGAAGUAUCUUACUUCGAUGACUGGCAGCUUCCUUUCAUGCGCAACCUGCUCGACGCCCAUUGUCGCUCGCUUUUCCCUCUCAUGCCCGCAUGCCUCAGAGUGGUGGCACGAUCAAGACGGAGACAGUCCCGCUCAAAGUCCGAAUCACCAAUUUCUUACGAGUAGCUCGAGAUCGCACGAUUGGUGGCAUAUCGAAACGCAAGCCAAAACGAUCGCUGAUCGCCACGUCGAGGCGAAAGAAGGAGACGUUUGACAUGGUGGAAGCUCGCCAAGCCAGGUUGUCAGAGCCUGAAUGUGAGUGAUCCACAGGCCGCUGGUAGAUCAUUGAGAAAAUGAGACUGAUGCAAAUUUGAACCUGGUCAGUCAUGCAUCGAGUUAGGACCCCUCGAUCGAUUCGACGUCAGCCUGCCCCCAGUCUUGACGAGCCCAUGUGGGACUCGCUGAAAUCGAUCGACUCGAGAAUCCGUCCUCGCUGUUCCACUUCGAUGGGCGAGCCGAAGCUUGCGGUACCAAAUCUGUCUCGACACCGCUCAUUGCCCACCCUGUUCGAAAGUUUCACGAGUAAAAGCCAAGAAGAAUUUGAAACCCCCAACUUCGUUACCCUUCGUCAUCAUCGAUCCUCCUUCUUCGGCCCAUCGACCGCUCCUGAGUCGGCGAAAACAUUCACCUCCGGUCGAGCUCCUCUCAGGGAACGCAACAUGGAAGAUUUUGCGCCCAGCCGCUAUUAUUUACCUUCGCGCAAGAUGUCACCUUUGCCCCUGAGUGAAGUGGUGGAAGAAGUGCCCAAGUUCGACUCUUCGAUCGGAGACCCCCCUCUGGGAACUGAUUGGUACGACGAAGAUGGCUCGGGCGACGAAGGUACGGCUGGGGAAGGAGCAGUAGGAGAAGAAUUCCUCUCCGAUUCGUGGGAGGAGCGCCUGCUUGAACGCUACCAGCGGGAGGGUCUGCCUAGGCCUGAAAAGAAGAAGCGGGCGUGGGCUCGAGCGGUUGAUUUAGGCUCCGACGACGAGGACAGUACUACAGGCAACUCGAUGGGCUCCUUGGAGUGA